CAGUUGUUUCCUUUAUCGUCAGCUUAGAACAGAAAACAAGGCUUUCCAGACUUUUCAGAACAUCUAUCAUGAUAAGAAACCAAGUGGAACAUGUGUUCUUCAGGACACCCACAGUUGAGGAAUGUCAGAGUGGAAUCUCUAUGGAACUAUUCCUGCAUCUUUCUCUGGUACCAGCGGUGCUGAUUGCAGGGGUGCUGUCAUUCCUCCAGAGAAGAGCUCAGAAACUGGCCAUCGACCACAGACUGCCAUUUCUAAGGGGGCGUUUUGCAAUUGUGGUACCUUUGGAUACAAUAGGCAGCAUCAGUAAUCGAUGGUCCUAUGGGUUUGCAUUUGGCGCUGUGUCCUCCAGUGUCCUACUGCUCUUCUCUGAAAAUUACAUCCCCUUCACUUUCCCUAACUGGGCCAAAGCUUUAGUUUACCUGAUUGGAGCCUUAGAAGUGGGUUUGGCAUAUUUCCCUUUCUUUGCAUGUCUGUCUACGCCUUUCAGGAUCCCCGGUGCUGCCCUGGGAAUACUCUACUCAUUAUGCUGGAUCAUUGUCACAGUUUGGGAUACAUUCACUUGUCCCAGUGGUAAGAUUCUGGGCAAAUACCAAAAGUUAAUUAUCCAGUUGCCUUGUAUCCUCUCCCUCAUCUUCCUCCUGGGUCGAUUCAUUUACAUUCUGGUUAAAGCUGUUCGGAUACACCUGCAACUGGACCAGGAGGACCCUGAGGAGCUGAUGCACCACCACCAGAUGCAGCAUGUUAAGAGCCUCCUGAAGAAAACACCUGAACACAGUAAACCACUGAGUUGGUUCCAAAGACGGGUAUAUGAGUGGGACCCCUACUUUAAGUUCCCCAACAGGAUCCUUGGUACUGCCAUCAUAUCCCUUAUAGGCUUAUACACGAUGACACUGGCAGACUACAGUCUUAGUAAUGUGGCUUUUGACCAAGUAGAAAGGUGGAAGAAUACGCUGCAACAUCUGGUUACAUCUUGUAACCAGACUGAGGCUCUAGGAGUCAUGAUACCACAACUGGAAGAAUUCAUCAACGUUUCCAGGAAGUCUUGGCUUGCCACUACCAUCUUCGCAAGUCUAAACUCUGUUGCCUACACCUUUCACGUGUUGGCAUGUUAUAGGAAACACUUGAAGAGACUGUGGAAAGGACAGAAGGGUUUCCUUCCAGAGAAGUUUCACCAGCCUAAGUCUGCUAUCAGUGUGGCUUCUGUUGCAAGGUACUCUGGAUGGCAAAUAGCAUUUACACUCUGGGGCUACAUAAUAGUACAUUUUGUGCACUUCCUGUUUGCCCUGUUGGUGGCAUAUGUUUUUAUUAUUCCAAUACAACAUGGCAAAAUCCUGACCAUGCUCUCCAACCUGGGAAUCAUAAUUCUCACUAUUGGUCUGCUGGUUGCACUGGUGAUCCUCCAAGUGAUUCUAGUCCAAAUCUUUUUCCUUCAGGACAAAAUGUCUCCUACUGACAAACAAAAACCUCUUGCCCUUAACAACAGGAAGGCAUUCCACUGCUUCAACUAUUUCUUCUUCUUCUACAAUGUGGUGAUGGGGAUUAGCAACUGUAUCAUCAGGUUGCUAUGUAGCAUUGUAGUGGGUACAUGGCUGGUGUCUCGCAUAGACCGAACCAUCAUGCAGAGAGGAUAUGAAGGCAUGGAUACAGGCUACAGUACAUGGAUUGGGAUGAUCUUUGCCGACCACUAUCAUAACAACCCUGUCAUGGUGUGUUUCUGUCAGUUGCUGGUCUCUAACAUACUGGAGAGACACAAUGCUACAUACUCUACAUUCAACAACACAGCCUUUGUGAACAGCAGGGUCAGGAGGCGCUGGGCAUUGCUUUACACCUUGCUAAGGAACCCUCACCUGAUCCCACUCAGAAAGCACCACCUGUCUGCACCUGCAUCAUUACCUGUAUCACCAUCUCCCCAGUCGGAUAUGGUGGUGCAAGCUUGGGUCAUGGCCUCCCAAACACAGACGGGUCAAGCAGCACCACAGUCAUCACCAGAAACCGACACAUCAGCAGAAAACUUUUAAGACUGGUAGUGAAGAGAACUUUAGAGUCAUUUCACGACAAUGAAAUAAACUUCAAGACCAGGUGUAAGUGACUAAUGAUAAUUAUUCAGAAUUAAAAAACAAAAGUCUUCUAGAAAAAAACAAAUCGUAACGGGUGUUUCAUGAGACAAAAAUAUACAGAUGCAAUUGAAGAAUUAAAUUUCUACGAUUAAAUUAUAUGUGAUGAAAAUAAGAAACUGGACAGAUCUUAAGGUGCUUUCAAAGUAUGGAAUUAGGGUGGUCCUUAUUUUUUAACUUUUCAGUUUUAGUCCUCUGACCCCACUGAAUUGUUCUAUUAUAUGAGGAAAAUGUAACAAUGCACUAGUUAACAUAACACCUGCAGAGUAAUGAACGAGGAGCAAAUAAAUUAACUUGAAUCACAGUGUGUUUGGUAUACUAGUCCAUGUAAAUAGAAACAAAAUGCUGCUCAUUUUAUUCUUCUUUUUUCUAUAAAUGGAGGUCAAUUAGGGGGUCAGCCAAUGAAAAACCACAGUUUAACACUUCUGACUCCAUAUAGGAACCACU